AUGCGCUACUCCACUUUUAGUGCUUCGUCGCAGAGGACUGGGCACACGAGCAACAAAGACAUGCCUCAGCGCAAGAAGUCGACAAUACGAGUGCUUGAUAAUGGCGCAAGGGGAUACCGCGAUACUAAUGUUCAACGACAGGAUCCCUCGGCGCUGAACCGUGUAGCCAAAGAUGACGAACCGAAGCGCUCGGCCUCUUUGCCGAUUACCGAAUACGACCGGGCCUUGCGAUCCCAUUCCGUUGGGAUUGAUGACAUCACAGCUAUUGAGAGUGCGCGCAAUUCUCUUCACGUUGACUACAACUUUACGAGACGGAGGGCAGCCACCACAAACAGCCAGCUGUACGCCCCGCAGCGAAGCCGGGAGACCGAGUUAGCUGGUCUAUCCCCUCGGCCUGCCAGCACACACGGCCGCAGCACACGAGCUCCGGGUGAUGUGGAUGAUCCCGAGGAGAUUGGUCGCGCCAUUACCAGUGAUAUGGUGGGCUUCCGCCGGCGCUCAAGGAGCUUGUCUGGCCUUCACGACAUCGAAGUGUCUCAAAUGGCCGAGGGCCGUCGGCGCAGUGACGAAAUUCGGUACUGGAGGGAAAGCUACGACCCUGGCUUCAUGUCGCCCCUCUCGUCCAAUGCGCCCGAGGGAGAUGACACGGGCGUGGUCUCGCCUUUUCAUUUUGGGACGCUGGACAAGAUGAACGAGAUGGCCGGCAUGAAGAUUACCCACGCCGCCACCCUCGAGGGUCGUAUCGGCGGUCUAGAGACACGGAUGUACAGAAUGGAGAAGGCGGUCGCGAAGCUCUACCAGCCUCCCCACGGCGCGGAACCGGUUUCCGACCUUGGAGAGAUGCCCCGGGAUGCGUCGGAUGUGUCGGCCACUUACACAGGGACGACGGCCCCAUUUGCGUCAUCUUUAUAUCAAACGACAUCGCAUGAAGAAUCGUACGACAAUCUGGCCUCAUCUAUCGACUCCCGCUCGUCCGUGGAUGAACCGGUGGGGUUUUCCGGGUCUCUCCACCCCCUCCAUAUCGUCGGGUCGCACGGCGCGGAACUCAACGGUAACCCCACGGCCGACCAAUAUGCAACACUCCUGGCAAUUGUCGAGUCGGAGCGUUCCACGCGCAAAGCUCUGGAGGUUCGGGUCAAGAAGCUCUCACGAACCCUCCACAUCAUGGCAGCGCAGUCGGGUAUCCAUAUCGAGUUUGAUGAACCGAUGACGUCUCGAUCGCUUGGUGGCCAGUCAGCGUUUGACGAUGACUCGAGUGAGGAAGAUGAUGGCGAGCAAGUCAGCGGUCCUAGGAGUCGAACGGUGUCGCCUAAGAGAUGGUCAGCUAGACCGCAAGACUCGGGUAUCGUGGCGGGACACGGGGACACGGAUGAGGAGACGCAAUCCGAAAUAUACGAGACUCCCGCGGAGGACAAGGCUCUCGGGUUCGGGGCGUUUGGGGAAGAGUUGCGGGAUGAUGAGGGCGAGGGAAACCGGAAGAAAGCGGCAAGAACUCUUUCGUUAAGCCAACUUACCGUUAACCGAAACCAACGCAACGCCCCACUACCUGUAUAG